AGCAAAGUAGGUGCGGAUGAACAACACUUGCUUAACCUCUGUCGACUUGACCAAAGCUUCUCUGUCUACCCAAAUUCCCAUGGCUACCGUCAAGAACACGGUUCGCGUCGCUGCUGCUCAGAUGACAUCUGUCAAUGAUCUGAUGGCUAAUUUCAACACCUGCUCUCGUCUUGUUCAAGAAGCAGCAUCGGCAGGUGCAAAGCUGAUUUGCUUCCCUGAGAACUUCUCCUAUAUGGGAGAGAAAUCAGGUGACAGUGUGAAAAUCGCUGAACCAUUAAACGGGCCAGUGAUGCAACGGUAUUGCUCUCUCGCCAGGGAUUCAAAUAUAUGGUUGUCUCUUGGAGGCUACCAAGAAAGAUUUGAUGAUACCCAUUUGUGUAAUACACAUGUUGUGAUUGAUAAUACUGGGAUGAUCCAAACCACUUAUCAGAAAAUGCACUUGUUUGAUGUUGAUGUUCCUGGUGGAAGCUCAUACAAAGAAAGCAGCUUUACGGUUCCAGGGACGAAUGUUGUUUCCGUAGACAGUCCUGUUGGGCGCUUAGGCCUUACUGUAUGCUACGAUUUGAGGUUUCCUAGUAUUUAUCAGCAACUGAGAUUCGACCAGAAAGCUCAGGUUAUACUUGUACCGGCUGCUUUCACCACGGUCACUGGGGAGGCACACUGGGAGAUUCUUCUCCGAGCCCGAGCGGUUGAGACACAAUGUUAUGUAAUAGCUGCUGCUCAAGCUGGAAAACAUAAUGAGAAAAGAGAAAGUUAUGGAGACACACUGAUCAUUGAUCCGUGGGGGUCUGUGGUUGGAAGAUUACCUGGUGAGAAUCUUCGUUCUUAUUUUGUUACAACUCUUUCUGAUAUCUUCUGGAUGCAAUUUGAUACUUUUGUUGGUGCUUGCAGAUCGUUUUUCGACUGGCAUUACUGUGGCAGAUAUUGAUUUUUCACUGCUUGAGUCAGUGAGAACUAAAAUGCCAAUUGAAAAGCAACGGGUCUCCAUAGAUCUCUGAAGAACCCUGUUAGGCCUCCUACAGAAGAGACAUUCUGUGGAAGGAAGCAAGAUCAAGAAGAGCUUCCGAGUGACAAGGCUAUGAAUGCUGUCUAGUAACACAAAAUUUGUUUGAGCUCGACAUACAUAAGUAUAGUGAGUAACAUUGAUGGAGAAUUAAGUUUGAGAUAAUUGGCUUCAAUGAGGAAAUGUUUAGUUGGUAUAACUGCGAAGGAAAUCAAGUUCCAUUUCUGGAUUGGGAAAAAUGCAAAUAGAGUUUGAGAAUGUCCAAAAAAAAUAUUCAAACUUGCAACUAAUUGU